CACCAUCAUCCAAUACCAGCACAAUGCCAACAUACGGCCACAGUCAUGGAAGACCACGAAGACAGCCGUGGAGAACGGAAGUGCGAUUCGGCGUGGUCACUGAAUAGAGGGUGGGUAACAUCUACGGAACUACCGUGGGUGACGGAAGUGGAUCCCCUCUUUCAGCCACAUUCGAGCUGAAUUUCAAGACGAUGCUUCCGUGCAAGAGGUCAACAUGCAAUGGAGGGACGUAUGCCGCACCCACAGGCCGACCGGAACCUAGCAGAGUCGGGCAGUCGUUAACCGGCUCCAAGCCAGGACUAUAACGCACAGGUUAUCAGCACUUCCGAUCACCAAGGAGCCCCAACAUUUGCUUAUGAAGGCGUCCGGGUUUGUUCUGACGUCCGCCAUCUGCUCGUUGAGGCUUGCACAGCCAGCGACCUCCAGCGCGGCCAAGCGCAGCAAACGUGCAGUAAGUACUGGCGCUGGCGUUUGGAUCGCUGUACUGUAUUCGCAAGCUCAGCACCUUACGGAAUCUAUGGACACCGCUGUCGGAAUUAUGCCGAUCCAAACUCACCCUGUAUGCAUCCUCUGAAAUGUGGGUCGCCUGUGCGGAGGAGAUGAACUUACGAAGACGGCCGGCCUAGAAGAAACGGUCACAUGAGGCGCCGGAACACAUGGUUGUUGCGGGGAAGGCGCGUGCCGACGCGCUUCCAGUCUUUGCACAUCCCACGAGCGUAUUUCGUGUCCUGGAGCUGUACCACCGGACACAACUCUAUCUCGAGCGUGACCGACGGCUGCAGCAAGCCACAAUGGUACAACCCAUACGGAGUCCGAGCUCCCGCGCUCGCCGCGCCUCUAGAGACGCAUCUGUCCACAAGAGCCAUCGGCAUUGAUGGCCACCGACACCGUGCCUGCUGUCCGGACAGCCUACGCCAUUUGUAGAAUCAACUUCCAGCCGCCGAAUGGAUGAAUCAAACGAGACAGAUGUCCGGAAAUAUCCACUCUUGAUAUAUAAUCCAUCCCCCGCCUCAACUCCC